UACAAACAUGAUUGAGAAAAUAAAUUAUCUAUUUUUACGGUUCGCUGUUUUGACUAAACGGUUUUGCGUGUUUAAGAAAUUACUUACAUAAAUAACUGUUGUCGAGUAGAGCAAACGGAUAUGUGAUUACUAAAAUUUAAUUGUAUUUAAUUAUCUAUUCAAUAUUAUUGUAAUUAUUAAUCAAAAAAUUCGUGAUGAUGGGAACUAAUAAGAACGGAUUUAAGAAAACCCAAUCCGUGUAUUGAUUGAAAAUUAUGGAUGUGGUUAAGAUCUUGAUGACGGUAAUUGAUACAGUUUUUAUUUUUUCUUCGUGAAUCCGGUCUAAAGGUUAUUGUUCCAUGUUUCACAGUUGUGGUUCACUCGUCAGCCAAUACAGACUUUUCGACAUAAAUACAUUACUAUAUUUAUUACAAUUAAUCUAAAACCGUUAUCAAUCGGAAAAAUGUAAUAUGUAGCGCUCAACCUUUUGUCUGAAUUUAUAGAUAUGUGUUACAUUUGGCGUUUGUGCACGGAAGAACAAAACCGAUCAAGCGACGAAGAACGCUAGAAUUGUACCUGAUGUGAUUCAUGUCGCUCCUCGAGGGAUGAUACAUAUGAGCUAUCCAAAUGGCGUUAAAAAAGAACUUGAAAAUGAACUGACUCCCACCCAAGUUAAAGACCAACUAUCAGUGCAAUGUAACCCUGAACCUUACUCAUAUUAUACUUUUUGCAUGACCGAUAUUGACCUCCCGAACCGCUUGAAUCCUACCGGCAGAAAAUUUCAACAUUGGUUAGUAGGAAUCGUACCGGGUGGAGAUAUCAACAAGGGAGAAUCAUUUUACGCGUAUGUAGGCCCCGGACCACCACCGAAAUCAGGAUUUCAUCAUUAGGUACGUGUUUUUGGUGUACAAAUUUCCAUUAUGAUCGAAGCUGACAUUCGAUGAACCACGCUUUAGCAAUAGAACUUUUGAGAUGCGUUAUCAAUUAAUAAACUUGCGUCUAAGUAUAAUUUAGAAACACCUACAGCAGGAAACUUCUAUCAAGCGCAAUAUGAUGAUUAUGUUCCCGUUCUAUAUCAACAGCUAGGAAUUAAUUGAUUGUUUAACUUAAAAAAUCUGAAUUUAAAUUUGUACUGUGCUUUAUAUAUGUUAUAUAUUAUAUAUAUAUAUAUAUAUAUAUUACCGUAAAUGCCCGAUCACUAGGUAAACCUAGAUUUUACUGUUUGUUAAUAAUAAUUAUAACUAACCUGAAUGAAAUGCUGAAUUUUUCAUUGCUUGAACAAAUCGUAAAGAUUCAGACCAUUUUGCAUUAUCAUUAGUUUCCAUCCAAGUUGCUAUCAUACUUUCGAUGUCUUGAUUAAAUCGUUCAACUUAUCCUCGAGAUUGGCUGUGACGAGCUUUGCCAUGAAUUAUUUUAACUUGAGGCCACAUUUCACAUACACUGGUAACAAUUUUAUUUACAAAUUCUCGUUAUCUAAGUGUAGUAUACUAGGAGCUCCAAAGAGAGUGAAUAUAUCUAGAAGUUGAUAUGCAAUUUCUUCUGCACGUUUACACCGUAAAGGCCGUAUAAUCACAAAUUUUUUCAGGUGAUCUUGAUAUAACAUAAUGUAUUUAAAACCAUUAUCUGGGUUUGAUUGCAUAUCAAUUAAAUCAAUUUGACAUCGAGAAUUCAUUUCAUUAUACAAUACCGGUUUAACAACGAGUCCUUUUUUGGUAUACUAUGCUUUUUCUGGCAUGUUUCACACAUUUUCAAGUACACAUUUAUAGCUUUCACAUUAAUAUUUUUGAAUUUUUUUUUAGCAUAUGAUAUAUCCGAUCCCUACUACCAUGUCCUGUUUCAAUAUGAGCUGCGUGUUUAAUAUCAAAAAGUUCGUCAUUACAUACGUAGUAUCGAAUAUUUUCAGAUCCACUUUCCACUGGAAAAAUAAGUUUGUCUUCAUUCCUAAUACAAAGAACAUCAAAUCGUUUUAAACUCCGAUAGUGAAUUGAUUUUUUGACAGCGAUUGUUUUUGCGUUCUUCACUUCUUGUAAAUACGUAUUGUACAUUUCACGUGUUAAAUAAAAAGUAUUACUAGAAUCUUUUUUUUUUAAUUAUUGGAUUUAAAACGUCAUAAAACCUUUCUAUAUUAGCCAUAUUUAAGUCAAAUUAACAAUGAAAAUAAAUAUAAUUAAAAAUUACAUUAAUUAAAUACAAUUCAAUAUAAAUAUUACGCGCACAAGGCACAACACAUAUUACAUUGUUUUACAAAUGGAUCCGUCUAUCACGUAAAAUCCAAACAGACUGAACAAGUACCUAAUAAAACCAUAUCUAAGCGAUAACGAAUCCGUUAUUAAAUUAUUAGAUAAUUAUUAAUAUCUACACAUUGCAGUCGUAAAUUUAUCUUCGCAAAAUAAUUAUUAUUAAUCGUUGCGAGCAAAAAUGUUUGAGGUGUGAUUUCCAGAAAAAAUGUACAACUUAAGAUGCAUUUUUAUGAAUUAUAAUAAUAUAUAAUUAUAAUUUUUACGCAGCUUAAAUGUUAUGUAUCGUGUAUUGAUCAGCUUUUACUAAGUCAAUUUUUUAUAUCCUAGGAUAUACACAACGUGUUUAGUAAAAGCCCGAAUAAAAUUUAGAAUUUCAGCAUUUACUGAGUACAAACAGUAAAACCUAGUUUUACCUAGUGAUCGGGUAUUUACGGUAACAUAUAAAUUUAUUUUACCGAUAGUUCUCACGUGUUUGAAACUUGAUGUUUUCUAAUUCAAACGAAUGCUUCGCAACUAUUUAUUUUAUAAAUAUUUUCAAUUAGCAGCACGGUAUGCAAUAAACCACUGAUAUUUCGCAUAUGUCACCAACAUUCAUCGGUAAAGCACAAGACUGAAAAUAUAUAUUUUUAUUUAUUUAUUUUUAUUUUUUUGACUAUAUCAUAAAUGUAGUUUUUGAAUUUAAAAUUUGUUGUUUUUGAUUUACAAAAUAUGCAUCUUAUGUUUUUUCAAUACUAUAAGCGCCACGUUAGAAAACGAUUUCUUCGUUUUAACAUCAGAUCAAAUCUGCUUGUAAACAUAACCGAUUUAAAUAUAGGUAAGAGUAUAAUAAUUUUUCUAAUUGUACUAUUAAAAUACGAUUAUACGAUUAUAUAUCAUAUGUUUCAAACUGGUUUGAUAAUAAACGUCAUAUUAUAUGCAUAGGUAUAUUUUGUUUAAUUAUUUACGAGUAUGUAUAAAUAAUAAUCACCGUAGCACUUUAUUUUACGUUGCUUAUCAUCCCUAAGACUAUGUCAAGAACAUCAACAUCAUUUAAUUAUGAAAAAAAUACGUAUUGCUCCUUCAUAUUUUACAAAAGUUUGUUGUCUAUUGUGAACUAUAUGGAUUCAAUAGCAACAAUUGUGAUCAUAACAGUUCUUUUUUUAUUUUUUUU